GUAUGGAGAUCGAUUGCGUCACAGAUCGGAACGAAACGAACGCCCUCCGGCAUCCCAGAAUCCAGUGCGCGGACUGCACCGCACUGACAAAGAAAAAAAGAAAAACAAGGGUGGGAUUUGCACAAUACCUCGCAUCAACAGUAAUAGUCAAGAAAAAGGCUAAUCAUCAUGCUGAAAAGAAAUUGAGUGAGCGAGGCUAGCUGAUGUUUAUGGGAACUUCCGCACACUCUGAGUCAAAAAGAGAGUAUAAGCUGAAGGACUAGGUUCGCUUAGUCUGUGCCAAUGCAGCAGCACAGCCGGCAGCCCGACCUAGUGGAAGGAAGGCUUCCAGUGUUCGUAUUCCCCACCGAGCUGUUUUUUUAUGCAGACGAGCAGGCCUCGCACAAGCAGGUGCUUACCCUCUACAACCCAUAUGAAUUUGCCCUCAAGUUUAAAGUUCUGUGCACAGCACCAAAUAAAUAUGCAGUAGUGGAUGCCACAGGUGCUGUGAAACCACAAUGCUGUGUAGACAUAGUGAUCCGGCACAGAGACGUGCGGGCGUGCCACUAUGGAGUGAUCGAUAAGUUCCGGCUGCAGGUGUCUGAGCAGAGCCAGAGGAAAGCUCUGGGCCGGAAGGAGGUGAUGGCCACCCUGCUGCCCUCAGCAGCUCAGGAGCUGCCUCAAAGCCGGCCACAGGAGGAGGAGCGCAGGCUGAAGGAGCAGCUCGCUGACAGCUUGUUCUUUGAGCAGACUGCAUUCCAGACAGAGAACCGUGCAGCAUCAGGGGGCCCGAGUCUGCUAACUGUCCUUUUGGGCCUUGUGUGUAUGGCUGCCCUCAUGCUCCCUACUCUGGGAGAGCAGGAAUCCACAGUGCCUGUCUACCUCCACUUAAGUGUUAAUAAGAAACUCGUAGCCGCUUACGUGUUAGGUCUUCUUACAAUGGUUAUCCUCCGCACAUGAAAUCAGCCACAGUCAGACGGCUUUGUACAGAGAGGAACUGAAGAAAACGAGAAGGGAAAUAGACAUUUGCACAACCAGAAGAGUUGUGAGAAAAAAAAAGGGUGAGCCCAUGUGAUAGAUUAAAGCCACCCUUUUAACAGGAACUAACUGCUUAAAUGAUGUUACAAAAAUGUACACUCAAUGAAGAUGCAAAGAGAAUGGGGCAAGGGAGAAGGUGGAUACCCAGAAACACUGACUGAGCUGGCGACUGAGCCACGCUGACUAUCAGGGAUGGUGGGAAGGAAGGGGUUGUGUGCAUAACCAUGAUUAAAAAAAAAAAAAAAAAAAAAAGUUAAAUUAAAUGUGUUUUACUUCAUACCCUUGGUGUCUGUGCCGUUUUGUCGCUGCCGUAAAGCUUGUAACGAAUUUGCAUGAAUUUUUUAGACACGCUGUUGCAGCACUUCUUGUUUGGUUUUCAUUCAUGCAAAAUAAAUGCUUAUGAGGAAUAAACAACACUUUAAUAAUUACCAUGUACAAAUCAUUAAAUAGUGAAAAAACAAUGGAAGGUAGUGACAGUAUUGAGGAUUAGCCCAUGAUGCAUUAUUGAGUGGAAAAGUAUGAUAGGCAGGUUGGUCUGUUGCUAACUGUGUGUUGUAUUGUCUAUAAAAAAUGGCAUUUUGACCAUAAACUGUGAUGCUGAAGUAAAUGAAAAAAAAAAAGCCCUCCCUCAGGCUGUAAGUGUUAUUUCACUGCACACAUUCUGUCUGGUGCAUUCAAGUUAAACGUUGUGUGUUUUACAUGCUUACUAUUUUCCAAAGUGUUUAUAAGUUAGUGGCACGGUGGCCGUGCACCUCCAGGGUCCGGGGUUCGAUUCCCGCCAUGGGGUCUGUUCAUAUAUUUAAUAUAUAUAAUUUGGGCCUUGUGGAGAAUUUAUAGCUAAUCAUGCAGGUUGUAUACCUAUAUGUACCCCAGGGAUCUAUAACACGUGUAAAACAGCACAUAAUUUGAAAUUAUUCAUUUUGGAGUUUGCAUGUUCUCCCUGUGGUUGGUGGGUUUCCUCCCACAGUCCAAAGACAUGCAGAUUAAGCUAAUCCCAAAUUGCCCAUAGUUAGUGAUUUGUGAGUGUGUGUUUGUGUGUGUACCCCACCUCGUGCCUUAAGUCUCCUGGGACAGGCUCCUGGACUGUGCACAGGACAAAGUGACAUAGACGAUGUGUAAGUGAGUGAGUUUGUAAGUUAAUGUUUGUAAUAAGAGUGAAACAAAUGCCUGGAGAGAAAAAAAAAGACAUU